UUUGCGACCCUUUCGCCGAGGAAAAAGUCUGAAGUUUCUGAAGUCAUGGCUAAAGGUGACAUCAAACCAAAAUCUGUACAUUAUGCCCAAAAAUGGUCAGAUGAUGUAGAGAACUUAUACAGAUUUCAGCUAGCUGGAUACAGAGAUGAGGUUGAAUAUAAACAAGUAAAACAAGUGGACAUGGUGGAAUAUUGGCCAGAAACUGGAUUUGUUAAGAAGCUCCAAAGAAGGGACAACACAUUCUAUUAUUACAAUAAGCAAAGAGAAUGUGAAGAUGAAGAAGUCCAUAAAGUGAAAGUUUAUGUGUAUUAGUUUUGUUGUUGUUCUGAUUUGUGUUUGUUAGAAUCUGAUAGUUAAAUUAUAUUUGUGUAAUCUGACUUACCUUAGGUAUUGGUGUCAUUCUUGGAUAGAAGGGGGGAUACUGGAAAUGCAGAGAAGCCUUGAAUUACAGACAUAGGAAAUACUUUUUUUUCCUGCUGUAACCAAAAGUCUUGUUAUCCCUCAUUUUCUUAGUUACAAAUGUUUUGAUGUCAAAAGAUAAAAAACUGAUAAAUGGGUAUCACAUACUUGAUUUAUCUCUGUGCAAAGUCCAAUAUAAGUAACAGCAUCAGUCUAUAUUCAAAACAAUAA